AUGUCGACCCUUAAACGCAAACGUGCAUCUAAACCCUCUGGGCCUGAAGCCUCACCACCGGUCGCCACCGGCAGCACCACGGCCCCUGAGCUCAAGAAGCCGCGGAAAACAACAAAGGGGAAAGCGCCUGUAGUCAAAACCGACAUACCAUGGCCCGGGCAUUUUAAAGAGCUUGAGAAAGUCCACCGAGCUCUCAAUGUGGUCUUUACAUUCUGUUGCACUAGGAAGCAUCUGGCGACCACAUUUGACAAUCUCAAGUCUGCGGUUGAGGGCAAUACAAAGAAAGAGCUAGUUGUGGAAGAUAUUGCACAGAUUAAAUUUCUUCUGCCGAAGAGUAUACAGUUUAUAUAUGUUGAUGAAGAAAUACUGCAGAUACAUGUUAUGGCUGCCUCAGCGAGUAUGGAUACACGUCGUGGACGAGCAACAGCGGCAGCUGAGGAUGUUUAUGAGGACCUUGGGAAGAAAGACAGAACAAAGCAUACGAAAGAGGUUCUAUUGUUUGAGUUUAUUGAUGGAGAUCUGAAGAAGACGGCAACCAAAGGUGGCAAAUCGAAGGAGGAUGACUUUAAAAUGCCGACUUUCUCAAUGCCGCAAAUGACGAAGCUGAUCAAUAAAAGGAACAAGAAAUUUACGGCUGCAGUCAAUACCUUCUUGGCUGAGUGUGCGGAGAGUGGGGUUGAUGCUGUGGAAAGCAUCAAAGCCCAAUACCAUCCGCAUGUCCCAGUCCAAACAAAAAGUCCAGUUGGAUUAACAGCGGCGUCAGAUUUGCCACUUGAAAUUCCCAAAGAGAGGAAAUCAAUUGCGGAAAUAAUUGAAGAGAUCAAAGUCUCUGAUUUGUAUUCCGAUCAGAUUGUUCCUAACGGGCAUCGUAUUUUCCCACCACAAGAAGCUAUAUUUGGAGACCUCACAUUCCAGCUUUCCCAGGAUCUUGUAAACGCUCUAUAUACCGCACAUAAUAUCACCAAGCUAUACUCGCACCAAGCGGAGGCCAUUAAUAAUCUUCAUGAUGGGCAUCAUGUCAUCGUGUCGACUUCAACUUCGUCAGGAAAGUCCCUGAUAUAUCAAGUUCCUGUUCUGCAUGAACUAGAGAAAGAUCCCGAAACAAGAGCUAUGUUUAUAUUUCCCACGAAGGCACUGGCACAAGACCAGAGGAGAAGUUUAAUCGAGGUGUUAGGUUAUAUGAGGGAUGCCUUAGGAAAUAUAAGGGUUGAGACUUUUGAUGGCGACACAAACAUGGAGGACAGGAGAGCGAUCAGGAACGAGGCCAGUGUAAUUUUCACGAAUCCCGACAUGCUACAUCUAAGCAUCCUCCCGAAUGAGGAGCAGUGGAGAACGUUUUUGAAAAACCUGAAGUUUGUAGUCGUUGAUGAGUUGCAUGUUUACAACGGGAUUUUUGGUUCUCAUAUAGCUUUCAUCAUGAGACGGCUUAGGAGAAUAUGCUCAGCUCUAGGAAAUAACAAGAUCAAAUUUGUUUCCUGCUCUGCUACUGUUGCGAAUCCAGAAGCCCAUAUGCGUAAAAUAUUUGGGAUAGACACCGUUAAAUUGACUGAAGAAGACGGCUCUCCCGCUGGCCGGAAAGAGUUUCUCUGCUGGAACACGCCAUAUAAAGAUGCCAAUGACCCAUCCGAAGGCCGCGUUGAUCCGAUAUCGGAGUCUGCAAAGCUUUUUUCACAGUUGAUCCUUCGUGGAGUGAGAGCGAUUGCUUUUUGUAGAACACGGAAUAUUUGUGAAGGCCUGUUGGCAGCUGUGAAGAGUGAAUUGCAAAGACUGGAGAGACCGGAGGUUGUUGGUAUGGUGAUGGCAUAUAGAGGCGGAUAUAGCCCACAAGAUAGAAGAAUGAUAGAGAAGGAGAUGUUUGAAGGGCGGUUGAUGGGGAUCAUAGCUACCAGUGCAUUAGAAUUGGGAGUGGAUAUCGGGAGCUUAGAUGCUGUGGUCACUGUUGGAUUUCCAUAUUCGAUCUCAAAUCUUCGACAGCAAAGCGGAAGGGCUGGAAGGCGAAAUAAAGAUUCACUAUCAAUUUUGGUAGGAGAUUCAUUUCCGACGGAUCAAUAUUACAUGACAAACCCGGACGAAAUCUUCACAAAACCAAACGUUCAACUCCAAGUCGACCUUGAAAAUAUCCUCGUCCGUGAAGGACAUAUCCAAUGUGCAGCCUUCGAAAUGCCCAUAAAACCUGCCGAGGAUACAAUCUACUUUGGCGCUGACCUCCCCUCCAUCGCCGACGAAAGAUUACUCCCUGGUGCCCUCGGCUUCUACCACUGCCACCCCCGCUUUCUUCCGUACCCGUCCAAGUUAGUCGCGAUCCGUGACACUGAAGACGGACACAUCGCAGUUGUCGAUAUCACCGCGCGGAGAAAUCAUGUGCUCGAAGAAGUAGAGCCCUCACGUGCAAUGUUCAGUCUUUACGAUGGCGCAAUCUUCCUCCACCAAGGCCGCACCUACCUCGUCAAAGACGUCAGCUGGGAGCGAAAGCUCGCGCAGGUAGAGCUCGUCCAUGUUGACUGGACUACCUCCCCCCGCGACUUUACUGAUAUUGACCCAAUCGAGACUGAGGCUAUCAGGCAGCUUCCCGAGAGCCCGUCACGUGCAUACUACGGCGCUAUUUGUAUCCGUAGCGUUGUCUUUGGAUACUUUAAAAUGGAUAAGUGUAAGCGCAUUCUCGACGCUGUAGAGGUUGAUACCCCGCCGCUAGUGCUCUAUUCGAAAGGCAUGUGGCUUGAUAUCCCGAGGGCGGCCUUAGACCUCCUCGGAAAACGGGGAAUUAACGUGGCAGGCGCGAUUCAUGCAGCGCAGCAUGCGAUAUUGAGCUUACUACCAGGCAUAGUUGUGAGCAUGCCUGGGGACGUAAGAACAGAGUGUAAAGUGCCCGAAAAGGAAUUCAUGAAGCGCGAAUCGGCGCGGAAGAGACCGGGUAGAUUGGUUUUUUAUGAUGCGAAAGGUGGUAAGGACGGGAGCGGGAUUAGCACAAAGGCAUUUGAGUUUAUAGAUGUGUUGCUGAAACAGGCAUGGGAAAGAGUCAAGAAGUGUGGCUGUGGUGCUGGAUGUGUUGAGUGCGUCACAAGCGAGCGCUGUAAAGAAUCGAAUGCCGUAAUGUCAAAGACUGGCGCCUAUAUCAUCAUUAGCACACUUCUAAAUCUGGAACUGAAUCUUCCAGAAAUCUCGCUUGAAGAGCAGGAAACAUGUCAUGCUGGCGUAGAAACGGUUGUCUUUGCAGAGGAGUACGGCUGA